AAAUGUUCCCUCACACGUCUCCUUCUAUCUUCUUCUCCAAUUAAAAUAAAAUCCGUUUAACUGUCUCUCGCCGCCGGUAACAUUUUCCGGCGACAAAAUUUCUCUAUUUUCACUAUUCCUCCACCGUAAUUUCUAAAUUAUUCUCCAUUCCGAUCAUGAUUAUAUAAUCGUUGUUGUUUGUUGAAGACGAUCUCUGAUACUGAUUCCGUCAUCACCUUCACUAGAUUGUGACUUCACCGUUUUGAGAUGUUGGAUCUUAAUCUCGACGCUGAUUCUCCCGAGUCGACUCAGUACGGUGGUGACUCAUACUUAGAUCGGCAAACAUCAGACGGUUCCGCCGGGAAUCGAGUGGAAGAGUCCGGUACAUCGACGUCGUCUGUUAUCAAUGCCGAUGGUGACGAAGACUCUUGCUCCACUCGAGCUUUCACUCUCAGUUUCGAUAUUUUAAAAGUCGGAAGUAGUAGCGGCGGAGAUGAAAGCUCCGCCGGAGUUACUAAAGAGUUUUUUCCGGUGAGUGGUGACUGUGGACAUCUACGAGAUGUUGAUGGAUCAAGCUCAAGAAGUUGGAUAGAUCUUUCUUUUGACCGUUUCGGUGAUGGAGAAACGAAAUUGGUAACUCCGGUUCCGGUUCCGACUCCGGCGCCGGUUCCGGCUCAGGUGAAGAAGAGUAGGAGAGGACCAAGGUCAAGAAGUUCACAGUAUAGAGGAGUUACCUUUUAUAGAAGAACUGGUCGAUGGGAAUCACAUAUUUGGGAUUGUGGGAAACAAGUUUAUUUAGGUGGUUUUGACACUGCUCAUGCUGCAGCUAGAGCUUAUGAUCGAGCUGCUAUAAAAUUUAGAGGUGUUGAUGCUGAUAUCAACUUUACUCUUGGUGAUUACGAAGAAGAUAUGAAACAGGUACAAAAUUUGAGUAAGGAAGAGUUUGUGCAUAUACUUCGUCGACAGAGCACGGGUUUCUCGCGAGGGAGUUCGAAGUAUCGAGGGGUUACAUUACAUAAAUGUGGUAGAUGGGAAGCUAGGAUGGGGCAGUUUCUUGGUAAAAAGGCUUAUGACAAGGCUGCAAUCAACACCAAUGGCAGAGAAGCAGUCACCAACUUCGAGAUGAGUUCAUACCAAAAUGAGAUUAACUCUGAGACCAAUAACGAAGGUGGUCAUGACAAACUCGAUCUCAACUUGGGAAUCUCUUUAUCGUCCGGUAAUGCGCCAAAGCAAAACGGGAGGCUCUUUCACUUCCCUUCUAAUACUUAUGAAACUCAGCGUGGAGUUAGCUUGAGGAUAGAUAAUGAAUACAUGGGAAAGCCGGUGAAUACACCUCUUCCUUAUGGAUCCUCGGACCAUCGUGUUUACUGGAACGGAGCAUGCCCGAGUUAUAAUAAUCCCGUCGAGGGAAGAGCAACAGAUAAGAGAAGUGAAGCUGAAGGGAUGAUGAGUAACUGGGGAUGGCAGAGACCGGGGCAAACAAGCGCCGUGAGACCGCAGCCACCGGGAGCACAACCACCACCAUUGUUCUCAGUUGCAGCAGCAUCAUCAGGAUUCUCACAUUUCCGGCCACAACCUCCCAAUGACAAUGCGACACGUGGUUACUUUUAUCCACAACCUUAACUUAUAUGGGGACAUAUGAGAGUUUUUUACCAUCUCUCUCUCUCUAGUCCCCUUUCAAAAAUGUCAUUUGGGUUUACAUUUUUACAUACAAUGAUCAAAUUUUUCCAAAUUCAGAUGAGAAAAUGUGGGUUUUUACAUCAAAUUUGGUUCGUUGAGAGAAACUUGAUCAACUAAAUGUGUGUAUACUAUUGUUCAUGAAAUGUCUUUAUCAUAUAAUAUGGUUGUUUAUGUGAAAAUGUGUUUCUUUGGUAAGAGGACUCUUGAAAGUUGGAAGGUACAAUUUGUAAAUAAAAAUAAAAUAUGAGGAUGAAG